UAGCGCUUCGAGCUUGCGCAAUAUGUUAUCCAGGGGCCUGUCUACUAGUAGCGUCUGUUUGGUUUUGUUGUUGUGAAAUUAAGGGUGGAAGAGAGAUAACUGGCGAAGUUAAUAAAACCCUGAGCUUGUCGCAUGAGGUUACUGGGUGAGCCCCUCCCUGCCAUGAGAGCUGACCACCAGGUCACCAGCCCCCCCUCCUUCUGCAGUUGAUGGAUCUGCAGCUGGUCCAGAGAUGACAGACAGCGUCAGGGCCUUCCUCCGCAAUGUUGCGACGGGGAUCAAGGACUCCAUUUUGGGGAUUGGAACAAUCUCGAAGCUGGAUGCCCGCAUCCAGCAGAAAAGGGAAGAGCAGCGGAGGAGAAGGGCCAGUGGGGCCCUGGCACAGAGACGGGCACAGAGUGAGGAGCGCAGACCUGACAAUGAACCCAAAUUAGCGAGUAGGAUUUUUCAAUGCUGUGCCUGGAAUGGAGGAGUGUUCUGGCUCAGUCUGUUUCUCUUCUAUCGGGUGUUUAUCCCACUGCUGCAGACUCUCACAGCAAAAAUCAUCGGUGACCCCUCGCUCCAUGGCAGCGUGUGGUCCUGGUUAGAGUUCAUCCUGACCUCAGUCUUCAGUGCUCUCUGGGUUCUCCCUUUGUUUGUCCUCAGCAAGAUAGUCAACGCCAUCUGGUUCCAGGACAUAGCUGACUUGGCAUUUGAGGUGUCUGGCUGUAAAGCCCAGCCCUUCCCCAGCGUCAGCAAGAUCAUCGCAGACAUGCUCUUCAACCUCCUCCUCCAGGCACUCUUCCUCAUUCAGGGUAUGAUUGUUAGCCUCUUCCCCAUUGAUGCCAUUGGACAGAUGAUUAGCCUCCUCCACAUGUCUCUGCUCUACUCCCUGUACUGCUUUGAGUAUCGCUGGUUCAACCAUGGUAUUGAAAUGCACCAACGGCUGUCCAACAUUGAGAGGAACUGGCCCUAUUACUUUGGCUUUGGUUUGCCAAUGGCUCUGUUGACCGCCCUGCCCUCCUCAUAUAUUAUCAGUGGCUGCUUGUUCUCCAUCCUCUUCCCUCUUUUCAUCAUCAGCGCUAACGAGGCCAAGACACCAACAAAGCUCUACCACUUCCAGCUGCGUCUCUUCUCCCUGGUUGUGCUGAUCAGCAACAAGCUUUUCCACAAGACUGUCCACCUGCAGUCGUCCCUGACCUCGUCCGCCUCCUCAGAGAAGCUGCCAUCUCCCCACAGUUCCCCGACCCGCCAGAGACUCCUGCCCACCCAGUGACCGCCCCGCCAGGCUCAUCCACUGGGAGGACACAGGAGAGCAGCUGACGAGCAGCCUCACUCAAUGUGAAAAAGUGUUUCUUCAAGAAGGAUUUCACUUAAUGAAGAUGAUGUGUGGUUAAGCAGAAGGGGUUUACAUGUUUUUAACUAAUCUGCGGCCCUUUGGUUAUUCGUUUGCCCACCAGAUACGUUUUCUGACAGAAAAAAAUUGAUUGACUGCCCUGUGCCUCAAACUCAAAACACACACAUACUGAGUACUUUUCUUGUUUGCUUUCAGAUUUUUUUCUUUGAGUUUUUGUUGAUGUAUCAUGUGCCAUUUGAGUGCCCCCUCCAUUAAUCCAGUACAGCACAAGAAGUCAUGUUCAGUUUAUUAAUACAUUAAAUCCAGUUAAUGUGACUUAAAGAAGGAAGCUCUGCUAUAUUUUGAUGGGGCUUGUUUGCAUUCAGAAGCAAAGCACAGACAAUAUUGUCUAUCACUUACAUUUUUUCAAUGUUGCAAGUCACAUUCCUUCCUUACAGAUUGAAUGCUUGCUUGCACUUGAAUAUUGGUUUCUCUGUCAUCUGAUGAUGUCCGUGCAAUUCCCUCUGAGUUCUAUAAAUAAUACUGUACAGUUUAAAAAAAAAAAAAGGGAGGCUUUUUUAUCCUGAAAGUGCUUUGUUUUUAGUGGAUUUUACAAGUCAAGCAAAAGAGGGGGUGGGGUGGGGGGAGACAUCCAGUGAAAAGGACUGGUCAUCUGAACUAACUGAAUCCAAUUUAAAUCACUCUUUUCAUGCGGUGAUAAAGAUUUGCCUGGAGUUUCAACCUGAAUUUACAUUUCAUUUCACUGCAUGAAGAAAUGUAGCAAUUCUGGGGCUGAUCCAGGCAAAGGAAAAGCUGUCUAUUUAAUAAAAGUUUUGGGGGUGGGGGUUUUCAGUUGGUGUGUAGUUGGUAGGUGAAGCUACAUGACUCUGUUGCUGGGUCAGAUGACACUGCCAAACCGCUUCAUCUACAUUUUGUUUAAUUCACUUCAACCAGUAUAACACACAGCUCUAUAAUAUAGGAAGGAGUCGCAUAGUUGACGUCUGGCGUUCCCUCUGAGGGCGAUGCAUACCUUAACGGAUAGGGAAACAGCAUUGGCCUGCUUGGUCUGGUUUUCCCCCGAGAGCAGAAGCAAAUCUUAAGUCGUCUGUACAGACCACGGGCCUCUUGGUUUUUGUGCUGUAUAUAAUGUUACUACAUUCAUAUUGUUUGACCAGACUCCCACCAUGAGGUGAACCCGUCACCAACCUUUCUCUCACUGAUCGCUCAUGGCCAUGGGAAGGGGCCAUGUUUUUGAAACGGUAUGUAAUUGUAAGAAGUGCAUAGUGUUUGUGCAGACUGAUAUUUGUGAGUGAGGUUUUGUAAAAGUAAUACGUCUAAUUUCAAUAAAAAUUGGUCAGUAUUCAAAAUUUUA